AUGGCGAGCGAAUCUCUCUGGAAAAGUGCUUGGGAUGUGGUGGCCAAAAUGAGAGACAUUAUUCAAAAUGAGAGCCCAGAACGCGUGAAAGAAAGUAAAGCUGGCUGGCAAUAUCGACUUUUGGACGAAUGCAAAGCCAUGAAAGCGGACAUGGAAAGUCGGGGGUAUAAAGUCCAUGACUGCACGGUUUUCCAUUUCUUGUUGACUGCAAAGAUCGAAAACCCUACGAAGCGGCUUCUUCUCAUCCCUAUACAGGGAACGAGCACUUUAACUCCAACCGAGGACCUUUCGCCUGGGUCUUAUUUUGAUAUUCGUGAUGACGUUGAUCGAGUUCUCACGCCGGAUCAAAGUUAUGGUGCCGAUAUCGCGAUAGUUACCCUGGAUUGA